GACCAAACUCCCACCCUCUCAUUCACUUAGUUGAGGCCAAUCGUCCUCUCUGUCUGUCUCUUUUUCACUCUCUCUCCCUCUCUCUCACUCUGAGACAGAAGUCAGAGCUUUCCUCACUGACAGCCUCAAGUACUCACAGCACUUACUGAAGCCUAAGACAGACACUGCAAGCCAAAAACUACACUGAAAAACUUUUUCUUCUCUUUUUUGCUUCAGAUUACUUUUCAUUAGAGGGAAAAAGUUGAUCUAUUUUUUUUUGUUUGUUUUUGUGCCUUUUUUUUUUUAAAGGGAUAAGCUUUUCACGCAGAGAAUAGAGAAGAACAAAAAGCAAGCCUAUAAAACCUGGUGUCAGGAUGUCUGUGCAUGUACUGAACGGAUUUCUGCUGGUACUUUGCUGGAUUAUGGUGAGGAGUACUCCAACUCCAGGAUCUGAGGGACACAGUUCAGUCACUGACUGUCCAUCCUGCUCACUAUCUAAAUUCCACAAGGAUGCCAUCAGUUCUCAAAGUGACAUGGUUGAGGCAGUGAAGAAGCACAUUUUAAACAUGCUGCAUAUGAGGGACAGACCCAACAUCACUCAGCCAGUGCCUAAAGCGGCGCUUUUAAACGCCAUCAAGAAAGUUCACGUGGGGAAAGUGGGAGAGGAUGGCCAAGUGCAAAUAGAUGAUGUGAUUGCACGGAGAGCAGAAAUGAAUGAAAUCUUGGAGCAAACUUCAGAGAUCAUCACAUUUGCGGAAGCAGGGCCCUCCAAGAAAAUUCUCCACUUUGAGAUCUCCAAAGAAGGCAGUGAUCUGUUGAUAAUCAGGGAAGCAGAGCUUUGGCUUUUCCUCAAACUAUCUAAAGCCAACCGAAGUCGGACAAGGCUAACGAUUCGACUGUACCAGCAGCAACGAGGGCCGAAGGAGCACAGGGGAUCUGAUGGAAACAAAAAUGAAGUUCUGAUAGCUGAGAAAGUGGUGGACACAAAGAAAAGUGGCUGGCAUACGUUCCCCGUAUCUGGGAGCAUUCAGCGUCUACUGAAUCAUGGCAAAUCAUCAAUGGAUAUUCGAGUAGCUUGUGACCAAUGCCAAGAAUCAGGAGCAACCCCUGUCUUGCUUGGUAAACGUAAGAGAAAAGAUGAUGUGGACAAAGAAGUAGGGGCAACUGCAGGUGAAGAAGAAAAAGAGCAGUCGCAUAGACCUUUCCUAAUGAUUGUGGCUCAACAGACAGAUGAACACCCUCACCGGAGGAGGAAACGUGGCUUGGAAUGUGAUGGUAAAGUAAGCAACUGCUGUAAAAAGCAUUUUUAUGUAAGUUUCAAGGACAUCGGUUGGAGCGACUGGAUCAUAGCACCUCCUGGCUACCACGCCAAUUACUGCGAGGGGGAUUGCCCUAACCACAUUGCUGGGACAUCUGGGGCUUCUCUAUCAUUUCAUUCCACAGUCAUUCACCAGUACCGGAUUAAAGGCCACAGUCCCUUCAACAGUAUCAAAUCUUGUUGUGUUCCCUCCAAGUUGAGAGCUAUGUCCAUGCUGUAUUAUGACGAUGGACAAAAUAUUAUAAAAAAGGAUAUUCAGAACAUGAUUGUGGAAGAGUGCGGAUGCUCAUAAAUAGAGGACCAAAUGCAGAUAUAGUAUCACUUAUCGAAUACACUAAUCAAGAAGACGACAAAUGACUUGCAGAUGAGCAAUGAUCAAUGGAAGACGAAAUUAGAUACCAAGGAAGUGCUAGUUCUACACCUGCAGCAACCGGUAUAUGAAAGGAACAUUUCCAGCUCUUCUAGCCAGAAGUGUGACUAACAAGCUUACAGCACGAGAAUGCACCUGUAUAUCUAUAGAUACAUCACAUUCACUGUUUGCGUAAAUGUGUUUGCAUUUAUAAGAGUUUGUAUAGAUAGAUAUACAGAGCUCCAGACCACCUUCCUAAGACUCUAAGCAUUUCUAUAUUGCGCAGGAGACUCAACUUCUUCCUCUGCACUAUUACUGCAAAAAAACAAAAACAAAAAAAAAUUGAAAGCAUACAAAGUUAAAUUUCGCUAAGGUGCUUACGAUCUUAGAACUAUGCAACUUAUGGGGUUUGAAAACUGUUUACCCAAAAAACAAGAAAAGAGAGACUUUUCAGUGGAAGUAACAUGUCUAAUAUGUUUGUUCUUUCAUGAGAGAUACUUGAAAGGAACAUGUUGGUUCAGAUACUGGAACCAAACAUUUCUAUAUUUUGUAAAAAAAAAAUGUUUCUUUUUUAUUUGCACUACAACAGUAUUUGACCUGUUUAAUAUCCUUAUUUAACAAGUAUUUUCAAGAGAGGUUUUAAGAGCUGCACUUAACAUGAGCUAUAUCAGAAAUGCUACAGCACACAUCGAAAUAGAUAUUUUUAUGACUAUUUUCAAUAUUUUUUCUACCUUUAAUGAGACACUUACACCAAAGACGCGUUUGAAGAUAUAAGUAGUGCCGGUGGUUAACAAUCACUGAGCCUAUGGGAGGGGAAGAAUUUAAAAGGAUUGAGUGUAAAAGAAAAUGUAUCAAAGCCAAAAUUGUAUAUUUUAUUUCCAUUCAUUUAUGGGUAAUUGUGCUGCCUUUAGGCGGCUUGUAUUUCGGCACUUCAGCAAUUUUUAUCUCUAUAGCAUAUUUUUCCAUAUUUUCUUUGCCGGUUAUCAUUCUGCUAAUUGGUAAACCAUAAUCCAAGAUAAGACUUUCUUGGAUUAUGGAAUAGAUUAUUUACAUGUUAUGACAGUCAUGCAAGCUUUAUACUGUGCAGCAUCCAAUUUAGUAGCAAAACUGGAAACCAUGCAGACUGGUUGUUCUAACAUUUCUGUCACUGGGAGAGGCAUUCAAAUUGAGCAACAUAAAAACCGAAGCCAACAGAUCAUGUCCAUCAGAGACCGUAUCAUGGCUGCAUCAUAUGUUAUACAUAUAUAACAAUGAUUUCUAAAUUUGUGUGUAUAUGGUUUCAUAUAUUGCUAGUAAAUACAUGCUACAAAUUUCUAAUUUAUUUCACAGUAUUUAGCUUGCAUCUUAUGGCAACCUAUGUAUUUGCUUUUUUUUAAACUGACACAUAUCAAGCUUCUUUUGCAUAAAAAGGAAGACAAAAAAAGAAAAUAUGAUUAAAAAUGGAAAAGGACGUGGAAAGUAAAAACGAGUGUAAAGGUUUUACACUGCUGUAUAUAACUCAUAUUCAAACGGUUCUAAACAGUUGAUUGUUAAUUGCUUCAACAGCAUUUACUUUUAUUCUCUCUACGCACUGCUAGUUAACCCGAAGGAUUCCUUACACAGUCACAGCAGUAUGUCGGUAUUCAUUUUACAUUGAAGCCAUCAAUGAAAUAUAAUAAUAAAAUAGUGGGCCUACAAAAAAGAGCAUUCUGUAGAACCAAGACUAGAUAUCAAACCCAAUAUAAUUUUUUAUUUGGUAAUAUGUAUAUGGUGUUUUAUGCCGGAUGUAUGCCUCAUUACAAAUUCUUAUAGUUUACCUACACACUACAUAAAUCCCAGUUUAUUAUCACUGACCAAAUUAGUACCUUCGUGACUUUGACUCCCAUUUGUUGGGUACUUGUAAUCUACCACAUUCUUUGUAUCCUCUGUCCAUAAUGUUCUAGAGAAAAAAUAUUCUCCUGAACAUGUAUUUUCUAAGAAAAGUGAAUUAGAUAAAAAGCAGAAAGCGUUUUACCAAGUGCUCAUCCAAGAUGGUUUUCCAGUGACCUCCUUAUAGGUAAUCAGAGUCUAACGUUGUACUGCAUUCUAUAGAGGUCAAUUUCUUUUUCAUUAUUUAAACUUUAUGCUGUAAAAUAUAGAGUAAUGUAGGCAUAUUACUAGUGAAAUCCCCUAAAUUUAAACCAGCAACUUGACAAUGUGAUAUCAGAAGAUGCAUAAUAACCACUGGUAGGUUAUGAAAAAUUUGGAAAAAUUAAAACACUACUUAAAUGAGAUUUUCAUUUCUAUUAGCCACUAUUAAGAAAUAAGAACUAGUUUUUACAUUUAUUGCUUGAACCAUCUGAGCAAGGCAAAUGAAGGUCAGAUUAUGAGGGAAAUUAUAAAUUUCACAGGACACAGGAGACCAUUAUGUAGCCUCCGACUCAUGGAAAAAAAAAAUCCUCCUCUGUUCUACAGUAUAUAGUGUCUUUCUAUAAUUUACAAUGAAAGUAUAGGAAACAUAAAAUCUGCAUGACAAGAUGAGAGAAAAUAGGAUGGUAAUCAAGACUGACCACUACUAAAUAGCAUAGAGGACAAUUUAGUUUAAUGAAAUGUGCAUGUCCACAAAUAGCAAGAGAAAUUGCUACCAUAUUUAAACAUUUUGCAGGCCGUAGUGAAGACAACCUUCCUUUUAGGUAGCUGCGGAAAAAAACCUAAUUAAUGGUAAAUGUUACCACAUUUUUUUUCUGCAGCCAUAGGUCCAUCUUCGUUAUCCAGGAAUGAUCUUUUCAUCAUUUAGCGUUUGUGUGGAAAAAAAUAAAAUCAUUUGCGGUUUUACAUAGUUACAUAGUAUGGUUGAAAAAAAAGACAUGUCCAUCAAGUUCAAUCAGGGGAUGGCAGAGGAUGUGAAGUAAAUGGAUUUUAUUUUAGCUAUCACCUUCUGUUGCUUUAGAUUUUUAAAUAUUUUUUAUGUUUUAAAUUAGUACGUAAGUUCUUUACGAAGGAAAGGUUAAUGGUCAAUUCAAACUGAUAUAGCCAUAUUGUUAUAAUUUUGUGUUAUUUUAUUAUACUAAAACAUUUACCCUUUAAAAAACAUUUUUCACAGCUAUAAGGAAAGGUAUCUGUGAUUGGAAAACCCUUCAACAUCUUCUAGGGUCUGCAAAAAAAUAUUAAAAAUACAAUAAAAAAUAUGAAUACAUGUAGGUCCAACAUAAUUAUAUUAUACCAAGCAGUGGUUAUCUUUUCAUUCCUAGGUAUUAAACAGCCGAAUUUUAGAAAUAAACCCAUUUCAGUACUAAUAAAAACUAUUUCAACUUACAGAAAGGUAAUUUAUUCUUUUACGUUGCUCUAUUAAAGCAUUUAUUUAUUUUGUAAAAUAUAAAAAAAACAACAUGGUAAUUCCAUAAACUUUUUUUCUUCUUCUUUAUAUUUUAGCUAUAGCGACCAACUCAUUCUCAGAAAUAUUUUAUUUGCAUUCCACUUUCAUCUUUGUUAAUUGCUUUAACCUAUGUUCAUUCUGCUCUAUGUAAUUAAAGUUGUUAAUUUAUAUGAGAAUAUUUUCAACUAUGUCAAUGGUUUCUUAAUAUUUAUUGUGUAAAAGGACUGGUAUUUUUUUUUUAUUUACGGUUUGUUGAAAGAGAUGUUUGCAUUUGUUUAUAGUAGAUAUUAUUUAUUUGGACAGCAUUCCGCUCAGUAUGAUUUCCAUGUGGACGGUAUGCUAGCUGUACAAUUUAGUGGGAAAUACUCAACAGCUCCUUGUAGAUUUUAGGAUUUAUGAUUUUUUUUAAAUAUCUGUUGGAUUAAUUUUUACCAUCCUUUUUAAAAACGUUCUUCAAUGGUCCACCAUGCACACAGGUGGUUGUCUUGGUAAAAGCCUGUUGUUAAAAAGGAUAGUAAAAAAAAAAAAAAAAACACGGAGUACUCCUAUAUUUUUUUUUACGUACAUGCAAGAUGUUUGGGUCAGAUAUUGUUUUAUCUUGAUCUUUUGUACUCUUGCCCUUUGAACAACAAAAUGAAACAACUUAAGUGAACUAAAUAAAGGGAGUUUACUGAGA